AUGCCUCUCCUGUUCUUGCUGCUCCUGCUGCCAAGCGCUUCACACCCCCACUCCAUCUGUGAGGUCUCCAGAGUGGCCAGCCAGGUGGAAGUGAACUGUGAGAAUCGGGGGUUGAAGGCCCUGCCUCCAGGCCUGCCAACUGACACAACCAUCCUCCGCCUGGGUGAGAACGCCCUGGGCACCUUCUCCACGGCUUCCCUGUUGCCUCUGACUCGCCUCACUCAGCUGCACCUACGUGAGAGUCAGCUGGCCGAGCUGCAGACUGGCGGGACCCUGCCACUGCUGGAGACCCUGGACAUAUCACACAAUAAGCUGAAACGCCUGCCCCCGCUGGGACAGGCACUGCCAGCACUCACUACCCUGGAUGCCUCCUUCAACCAGUUGGCCUCCUUGUCUCCCCACUCCCUGGAUGGCCUGAGUCGGCUCCACGAGCUCUACCUGCGUGGCAAUAAGCUGAGCACUCUGCCCCCUCCGCUGCUGGCGCCCACACCACAGCUCAGGAAGCUCAGUCUGGCUGAUAACAAGUUGAAGGAGCUGCCCCCUGGGCUCCUGGAUGGGUUGGAGGAACUCGACACACUCUACCUGCACCAGAACUGGCUGCGCACCAUACCGAAGGGUUUCUUUGGGAAUCUCCUCCUGCCUUUUGUUUUUCUACAAGGCAACCCCUGGUACUGUGACUGCGAGGUCCUCUAUUUCCGUCGCUGGCUGCAGGACAAUGCCAACAAUGUCUAUUUAUGGCAGGAGGGUGUGGAUGUCAAGGCCAUGACCCCCAAUGUGAAAAGUGUGCAGUGUGUGAAUUUAAUCAAAGUUCCUGUCUACCAGUACCCAGGGGAAGGGUGCCCCAGCCCCAAUGAUGGGGAUGACACAGACUAUGACGACUAUUUAGAAGAGAAGCCUACCACAAGGGCUGUGAGCAGGUUCUCCACCAUCACGGAAGCCCAUACACCCCACCCGGGACUACUCUCCUCAGAAUCAAGCAAUAUUCUAAACAGCCGAAUGCCCUACUUGUCACCAACCCAAGAAUCCACUGAGACACAGACCACAUUCCCAAUGACCACAGAAGCCCUCACACUCUCCACACCUCCGAGACCCACUACUGAACUCCCCAUACCCCAUAUGACCCUAGAGCUUACAACCCCAGAGCCCAGCACCACCCCGACCACCCCAGAGCCCACCACCACCCGGACCCCCCCGAAGCCAACCACCACCCGGACCACCCCAGAGCCCACCACCACCCCGACCACCCCAGAGCCCACCACCAUGCCGACCCCCCCGGAGCCAACCACCACCCGGACCACACCGGAGCCCACCACCACCCCGACCACCCCGGAGCCAAUCACCACCCGGACCACACCAGAGCCCACCACCACCAGGACCACCCCGGAGCCCACCACCAUCCCGACCCCCCCAGAGCCCACCACCACCCGGACCACCCCGGAGCCCACCACAACCUCGACCACCCCAGAACCCAUAACUCUAACCAUCCCAGGACCCACAACCACGCCUGAGUUCACAAGCCAGACCACCACACAACCUAGUUCUUUAGAAUUCACAACAAUCCUCUUUGAAGAUAUCAACUUCUCAAAUGCCCGUGGGGUGAUUCAAAGGAAUUUUGACAGCUCUAGAAAUGAUCCUUUCCUCCAGCCUGACUUUUGCUGCCUCCUCCCGCUGGGCUUCUACAUUUUGGGUCUCCUCUGGCUACUGGUUGCCUCCGUGGUCCUUAUUCUGUUGCUGACCUGGGUCUGGCAUGUGAAACCACAGGCCCUGAGCCUUGGUCAGUCUAUUGCUCUGGCCACUGCCAUGUACACCGCACAUCUGGAGCUGCAGAGGGGAAGGCAAGUGACCAUGCCUCGGGCCCGGCUGCUCUUCCUUCAAGGAUCACUCCCCACUUUUCGCUCCAGCCUCUUCCUGUGGAUACGGCCUAAUGGCCGCAUGGGGCCUUUGGUGGCAGGACGGCGGCCCUCAGCCCUGAGUCUAAGUCGUGGUCAGGACCUGCUGGGUACAGUAGGUGUGAGGUACAGUGGCCACAGCCUGUGAGGGUGGGUGGUU